AUGUGGCUUGCAGGUACUGCAAUCUACCUAGAGCUAUUUCCACUGGAAUCUUGUAAAGCCAAGAGCACUACAGAUAGAAAUGCAGUAAUUUCUGCAAGCAACCAGGGCUUACAUAUAGAUGGCCAAUCCACGACACAAAUUCUCACUGCUGACAUGAUUGCUGAGGUCCUUACAAUCAGUGAGUUGUUUGAUCUUAAUGAGGUGGCUGCAGUGGACCUCUUGCUUACUGGAAUGAAUCAACAGUCAUAUUUUCCGAGUUUGCCUCAUGGACUCAUAGCAGUUUUGUUGUAUUUUGAUGGGAAAGCUGCCCUGGCUCUCUGCUUGAAGAUGUUGAUGCAAGCAAGAGAGGGGAGGACGUGGCUAGCAACCAAUUUGACCUCUGAACUCAGUGCAGUCAUUCAUGAAUUUACCCUUUUGGCGAAAUUCAAUGAAGUAGACUUAUUGCCUCGACUACAACUUCCCGAAUUCAGAGCCAUUGGUCCUCCAAAGCAUAAACAUCAGGUCUUAGAGAAGAUUCGCCUGAUCAACUCAUCUCUCAGCAGCAGUCUAUUCUAUCUGUCCUGCCAGUCAGGUUUGACUCGACACGAAACACUCCUACUGUUGGGCUGGCUGUCCACCAAUCAACAGGAAACUCCCAGUUCUGCUCUCUCUGAUACAACGCUGGCCAUCCUCAUGUCUCUUUUGUAUGCUAUCGACGCUAGGAUACUGGACCAGGGAGAUUCUGAAACCUGGAUAAAUGUCCUCCCGUUGUUAAAUGACGAGCUCUUCAUUCCCGACGUCAGCAAGGAAAUCAUGUCUGACAAAGUUUGGUGCGGGUGUCCUGCCAUCAAGGCUGUUGUUCAGUUCGCAUGGGCCUUGUCACUCCUCCAGAUGUCCUCUUAUAUUGAUCUUGAAAAUAUGAUGGAUCUGAUUGACGGAUACAUUGAUUACUCAAUCUCUUGUGACGUUUUUUCAACCAUUAAGAACCACAUUCUGACAAAUGAAUCUUUUUUCAAGGAGGAAUAUUACGUCCGAAAGAUUCACAACUUGAUCACAGAUUUCAUAAUCUUAUUGCCAGUCAAAGUGAAAGAGAUGAGAUCUCAGGCAGACGAGUCUUCAAGGAUCAUACUUGCCAGGCAACAAGAAAACCUUGACAUUCCUGAUAAUCUUCCAAAGGAUUUUCAGUGCUUCAUGGAGCUGAUACAUGACAUAUACACACAAGACCCGUUGAAUUUGACACUUUCCAACGAGUACUGGUGCCUGAGUGACAUGAUGGCAAACCAGCAACACCAGCUGUCCGCCUCAUUCAAUUCUUCCUUCCAAGCGUCACAACUGGUCCAGAGGCAGGUAACGUUAUUUAAAUUCAUCCGAUUGGCUGGAGACAUGUUGACUCCGCCCCUUUAUGUACCCUACAUGAACAUGCUCACUGGUCUGUCUGGCAACCAACAGUCAGCUCACUGUUGCUUCAAUCUACUGAGUCUCAACGCAUCAGCAACAGGGUCACACUCCAGCAUAGUUUCUUGGGAGCACUUUCUUAUCUCUUUAAAUAAUUAUUAUACC